GUAUAGUAUAAUGAAUAAGUGCCUGGUGGGGAUUGCCUCGCUGACAAGAAUUUAUUUAGAACCAGUUUAUGUGUUUGGUUGAUUCUGAUGUUAGUUUCAGUUUUACUUUCGAGUACUUGUCACGUGAAAAGAAUCUCGUUUAAACUAUAUCAUGUCUUCGAAUUCUACCAAAGUCAUUAAUUUUGGUGCAGGUCCAGGAAAACUUCCCGAAGAGGUCAUAGAAGAAGUUCAAAAAGGAUUUCACUCGUUUGGUGAUACAAACAUUAGUAUUGUGGAACUCAGUCAUCGUUCAAGUGAUUUUAAUAAAAUUAUUAACGAUGCUCAGGCAACAUUACGAGAAAUACUUAACAUUCCAGCGAAUUAUAAAAUUUUAUUCAUGCAAGGUGGAGGUACAGGAAUCUUUGCAGCAAUUCCUCUCAAUAUGAUGAAAACUGGAACUGCUGAUUAUUUUGUAACAGGUUCUUGGUCAUCAAAGGCUGCAAAGGAAGCAGCAAAAUAUGGAAAAGUAAAUUUGGUUUUACCAAAAACUAGCACUUAUACAGAAAUUCCAAAUUCCUCAACAUGGAAUUUGGAUCCAAAUGCUUCUUAUGUUUAUUAUUGUGACAAUGAAACAAUUCAUGGUAUCGAAUUUAACUUUAUCCCUGACACGAAAGGCGUUCCUUUAGUGGCCGAUAUGUCAUCAAAUAUUUUAACCAAACCAAUUGACAUUUCUAAGUUUGCAGUGAUUUAUGCUGGAGCACAAAAAAAUAUCGGUCCAGCAGGUGUAACUUUAGUUAUUUUAAGAGAGGAUGUUAUAGGCCACGCAAUGUCUGUUUGUCCAACAAUAUUAGAUUUUGCAGUGAUUGCCGAAAAUAAUUCUAUUUACAAUACACCUCCAACUUUUCAAAUUUACUUUGUUGGUAAAGUUUUUAAAUGGAUUCAAAAAAAUGGAGGUGUAAAGGGAAUGGAAAAAAAAGCAGAGGAAAAAAGCAAGAAAAUUUAUGAUAUUAUUGAUAAUUCUCAAGGAUUUUAUGUUUGUCCUGUUAAAAAAGACUGUCGAAGCAGAAUGAAUGUACCGUUUAGAAUAAAAAAUAAUGAUGAACUCGAAAAAGAAUUUUUAACUGGUGCAAGUGAACGUGGCAUGUUACAAUUGAAAGGACACAGAUCGGUGGGUGGAAUUCGUGCUUCACUUUAUAAUGCAGUGACAGUUGAGGAAGUCGAAAUUUUGGCAUCGUACAUGAAAUUGUUUCAGCAAUCAAAGCAAUAAAUUUAUUUUUGUAAAAACCACUUUAAGUGCAAUUUAAAAAAAAAAUUUUUUAAUUUAGAUACAAAAUAUUGAAUUAUUUUUUUUUAAACAAUUUUAAAAACAUCAAUUUUUUUUUAUGUGCCAUUCCAGGAGUUUUUUAGCACUUUUCGGAGUAACCUUUCCAAAUUAAAUGAAACAUUUUUUUAAUAAUAUUUAUUAAUAUAAAGGUCCAAAAAAAUCACUUUUUAAGUAAAAACAAUUGUUUAUUUAAAAAAUACAACAAUAAAUAAUGCAAAAAAUUCACUUUUUUCCUGCAACUCCAAAUAAAUUGGUUUAAAGAUCAAAAUUUUCCUUAUUUUUCAAGCUUUCAUACCGCACAAGAAACAUAGAGUCCGAGAAAAUAUUCAACUCACAAUUUUUUAAACAAUGUUUGUUUACUUUUUUGUAUUUUAUUUACUGUGAAACGUCUGCUAAAGCUGCGCGCGACGUUUGGAAGCUGUCGCUUUCCUUAUUGAGCAGAAGCUAAUUACACUAGCGUAGUAAAAAACAUGUUGUGUGAAAAGUGAGGUUUUUCAUCCUUCAAAAAUGUUUUUUAUGAUUUUUUACUGCAAAGUAGAUAAUUAAAAACCAUUCAAUGUGAUAACCAGAAAUUUUUACGCUUCGUUUAAUGACAACAUAACCUCACUUUUCGCACAACUUGCUUUCUACUACGCUAGUGUAAUGAGCUUCUGCUCAAUAAAAAAAGCGACAACUUCCAAACGUCGCGCGCAGCUUUAGCAGACGUUUCACAGUAAAUAAAAUACAAAAAAGUAAACAAACAUUGUUUAAAAAAUUGUGAGUUGAAUAUUUUCUCGGACUCUAUGUUUCUUGUGCGGUAUGAAAGCUUGAAAAAUAAGGAAAAUUUUGAUCUUUAAACCAAUUUAUUUGGAGUUGCAGGAAAAAAGUGAAUUUUUUGCAUUAUUUAUUGUUGUAUUUUUUAAAUAAACAAUUGUUUUUACUUAAAAAGUGAUUUUUUUGGACCUUUAUAUUAAUAAAUAUUAUUAAAAAAAUGUUUCAUUUAAUUUGGAAAGGUUACUCCGAAAAGUGCUAAAAAACUCCUGGAAUGGCACUUAUGUAAAUGUAAAAUUUUAGAUUUAUGAAAAUUCUUUUUACUUUAUUUUGUAUGGAGCUUUAUA